AUGGUGGACGACGACUACCUGCUGACGAACGAAGCGUACGUAGUGGUGGACGUCAAGUACUCGAUGAAGGACAAGCGCUCAGUGGUCGACAAGAACCCGAUGAAGGACGAGCUCUCGCUGACGGACAACUUGCUGACGGACGAGCACUCGUUGGUGAACAACUACGCGCUGGUGGGCAACUACCCGAUGAACUCACCGGUGGACAAGCACUCGUCGGUGGACAAGGUGAACAAGUACUUGGUGGCGGCGGACCCGUACACGGUGACGGACUACGAGGACGGUAACUUCAACUACGCGUACACCAACUACACACAACUGGAUCCAGCGGAUCUGGAUCCAGGCGACUGUUCACAGAACAAGGACGCGGUGACGAAGCAGCAGACUCAGCCAGUGUCCAAGUAG